GAGGUUUCUCCAUUUGCCUUGGGGUUUUUGCCUUCUUCACUGUUUCAGGGUUCCAAUUCCAAGAUGAACCAUCUCGUCCGUACCAAAUCCGUCGGCUCGGUCGCCGUCAGGUCUCUCCGAUACCUCCGCCAAUCUUCCGAUGCCGCUCCGUCACCGGUCUUCUCAUCCUCGUUCGCCGCCGUCCGCCGCUUCAGCUCUGGAGGUUAUCCCUUUAACAACAGUUUCCAGAUAACGCCACCGGUGAACUGGGGGGUCCGGAUUGUGCCGGAGAGAAAGGCAUACGUGAUCGAACGGUUUGGGAAGUACGUGAAAACGUUGCCGUCGGGGAUUCACUUCCUCAUUCCCCUCGUGGAUCGCAUUGCUUACGUCCAUUCUCUCAAGGAAGAAGCCAUUCCGAUUCCGAACCAGACUGCCAUCACGAAAGAUAAUGUUAGCAUCCACAUUGACGGUGUUCUCUAUGUUAAGAUAGUGGAUCCUAAAUUGGCUUCCUAUGGGGUUGAGAAUCCUAUAUAUGCGGUCGUACAGCUAGCUCAGACUACAAUGCGUAGUGAGCUUGGUAAAAUCACGCUUGACAAGACUUUUGAAGAAAGGGACACUCUUAAUGAGAAGAUAGUGGAAGCAAUCAAUGUUGCUGCAAAAGAUUGGGGGCUUCAGUGUCUACGAUAUGAGAUAAGGGAUAUUAUGCCCCCUCAUGGAGUUAGGGCUGCUAUGGAAAUGCAGGCUGAAGCUGAACGUAAAAAGAGAGCCCAGAUCCUUGAAUCUGAAGGAGAGAGGCAAGCCAAUAUCAAUAUUGCAGAUGGUAAGAAAAAUGCUGUAAUCCUGGAAUCAGAAGCUGCAAAGAUGGACCAGGUCAAUCGAGCGCUAGGUGAAGCAGAAGCAAUAUUGGCUAAAGCACAAGCAACUGCCAAGGGGCUUGCAUUGCUAUCCGGCUCCCUCAAGGCAACAGGGGGAGUAGAGGCAGCCAGCCUAAGAGUUGCAGAGCAAUACAUUACUGCCUUCGGCAACAUUGCCAAGGAGGGGACAACACUGUUGCUUCCGAGUACUGCUGCCAACCCUGCUAACAUGAUUGCACAAGCUUUAACGAUGUACAAAAGCCUCGUCAACAAUGGUACCAAUGGCAGCUACCAGGAAAGCGCAAUGGUAGAAUCCUCGGGGGACAUUGUCGACAAACAUUCACCCGAAGAAUCUAAGAACCAAGGCUCAUCCACUAGAGGAUUAGCUAAACCAGACCACCUUGGGGAAUCGCAAUUCUCUCUUCAACGUCCCUCGAAGGAGGAGCCGUGGUAGCCGAACAAGGGAAUAAUGAUUCAUUUAUGCAGGUAAAAAGAAAAAAGAAAGAAACCGGGAGCCUUUUCCCAAUGUAAGACUCAAAACUUUUCUUUGCCAAGAGCUUUUUGAACAUUGCCAUUCUGCAAAUCGAGCUCCAACUUUCGUCAGGUAUAUGGUCUGAAACAUUGUCUUUUGCUCUUGCACUCCUUAAUUCCGCUGCAUGGCAUAUGAUAAUCGGGCGGUACAUAAUGAAUCGAUAUUUGGACCGCUUUGGUUCAUUGAUCGUGUUA